AUUCUGACUUGGAUGUGUCUGUCAGUUUGGUGAACACCAAUUAUUCUAUCUUCUCCGUGUCACAUUCCUGCUACAGGGGCUCAAUGUCCUCCUGAAAUGGGUUAAAAAGAGAAGCACAUCAUUAUGAUUAUCUUUUAUUUCCAACUACUUUUUUGAGUAUCUUUCUAGGGCAGAGGCAGGAGAGGAGAAAGCAAGCUCUUGAAGAGAAGAGCUUGCUUUCCUUUUCUCUCUCUCUCUCUCUCUCUCUCUCUCUCUUUGUGGCUUAUGGGAUCAAAUAGCUCACUUUUGCACAGAAGAAUACUGAAGUGAGCCACGGUUUUCACGGCUUCAGCUCAGAUAUGUGCAUGGGCAGGAGAAAGGACAGAAUACUGGUGUGACCUCAGGAUUUUUCAUAGAUGGACCUCUAUGUGCCGACACUCAACCCAGUAUUACACAAUAAGUUAUCCAUAGAACGUCAGUGGAAGAAAUGGUUACUCCUUUCUUCAAUGAAAGGCAAGCCAGUACUGAGGAGAUGGCUUUAGUGAGCAAUGCACUGGCUGCUUACUCCUUCAUAGCAGAUCACCCGGAACGGGCGGCAUUGUAUUUUGUGUGUGGAGUGUGUUUGGGACUAUUUCUCACUCUCAUCACGCUAGUGGUACAGAUCUCCUGUAGAACUGACUGCAAAACGCAACGAGCGCCCAAGAAAAUAGGGAAACCUGCCGAGACCAGUAGCGACACCAGCGGCAGUGAUUCGGACUGGGACAAUACCUCUGACUUGUCGGCACGGCGCCACCGGCGCUUUGAACGGACGCUCGGUAACAUGUUUACCUCCGCCGAAGAGCUGGAGCGCACGCAGCGACUGGAGGAACGAGAGCGAAUAAUUCGCGAGAUCUGGAUGAACGGACAGCCAGACAUGCCGGGCACGCGAAGCCUGAACCGCUACUAUUGAAGUUUUUGAAGCAUUGCGGAAACAGCAUCAUGUGGACAAUAUCAUGGAUAUUAGCUACACUUUUUGGGGGUAAAUAGUAAGGGACUGAUAAAUGAGCAAAGCCAACACUUAUUAGACUUCUGGGGACUGUUCUUCUGGUGGUGGCGCUAAAGUGAAGGAGUAGUUGCUGUUUUAAAUAAAACCUGGUUUUAUGAAGAAUUCGUCAUACAUUAUAAAACAGUGGAGGAUAAAAUAACAUUCUUGAGCUUUUAUUAUGCUUGACUUGAAAUACUGUAAUUAGAGUUAAAUUUCGUCUGAAAUAAUUAGAAUACAAAAAUGCUAUGGUCACAUUAUUAGUGUGCAUUUGACAAUUCAGAUACCUAAUUUUUAACUUUUUACUGUUAUUUAAGCAAAAUGUAUUUCUGUUACAAAAUGUUUUAUGAUACAAAAGCUUUGUCUUGGAGCUCAGGGUUUACAUGACCUAUCCCUCUGUGAAGGAUUUGUUGUUGUUGUUAACUGAUAUAACAAAGGACUGUGCCUUUAUUUUAGAACAAUUCUUCUAGUUUUAAUCGUGCAUGGAAGACAAUCACCUCUGUUUUUAUAAUAAAUGUUUCACAGUGUGAA